UUGAGUGAUAAAGAGAUGUAGCCAAGCCAAGUGGGCAUCAUAGGUGAUGGUAUGCUAUAUCCAGUUUCGCUCAGCCUCAAAUUUAGUCCCCAAAAUGAAAAAUUGUCACCAAUAUUCCCAUUUCCUACCCAAAAUGGCAACUCUCUCUUCACUACCAAUUCUUCCUCGAUGCAGAUGCAGUCCCGCCAUGGUUAAUGGAAAUAAGCAGCAAAGAUCCAGAGUUGUCACUGCCUUUGCCGCAAAAUCUGGUCCCUUAAACUCGAUUCUUAAAAGAUGUCAGAAAUGUGGCGGAAAAGGAGCUAUAGAGUGUCCGGGAUGCAAGGGAACAGGAAAAAACAAAAAAAAUGGGAACAUCUUUGAGAGAUGGAAAUGCUUUGAUUGCCAAGGAUUUGGGCUGAAAAGUUGUCCUAAAUGUGGGCAAGGAGGGCUAACUCCAGAGCAAAGAGGAGAAAGAUAGAUCUCAUUUUCAUUUGAUUUAAUUUGAUCAAAAAGAGUCUUUUAACUCAAAAGAAUUAGAUUUGAAUCUUCAUUUCCUCCAAAUUCUUGGAACUGUACUCCUUCACUUACCUUCAAUUAACUAUUAUAUGCAAAUCUGCUAGAUAUUAUGUAACAACUACAACAAUCAAACUUUCAAAUGCAGAUUGUAUAUUGAUCUUAUGUGAUUGUAUAAUUUUCAAGGUUUUGAUUGACUCAACUGUUA